AUGAUCUUUGGAGUUAUCACAAUUAGCAUAAUUGUAUUCACAUGGACGGCGAAGGCUAAUAAUAUUGCGGUUUCCUUUACGAAAGAAUAUUUUUCUGGGAAAUAUAUACAGUAUUUGGUCGUAUUUGGAUGUUGGAAUUCUUUCGAAAAAAUGGAUUUCUUUCGUAGAGAUCUAUUGAACAAUCUAACAAUUUCGUACGUGCCUAUUAAGGAAAACAUAGAAAUGAAUACCAUAUUGAAAGUAAAUUAUUAUAAACUUGGUAUUAUCCUUGAUAUCGAUUGUCCGCAGAGUGAAAUUAUUCUCGAACAGUUCAAUGAAAAUCAAUUACCCUACAAUGAAUCUUUCUUUUGGCUUAUGAUCACCAAAUCGAAUGCCGUUCCAAUUGAUCUUUUGCGAGAUCUACCGCUUUCAAUAGCGAGCGAAAUUACGGUGGCAUUAAGUCGAAAGGAUAUUUAUAUUCUUUACGACAUCUACAAUUUCAGUCAUCGACAUGGAGGCCGACUCAAUAUUACUUAUAUGGGUUACUGGUCUUCUGAAAAUGGGAUGAGAAACGAAUUAACCCAAUACAAGUAUAAGCGUCGUCAAAAUUUCCAUAAAUUAACCUUGAACGUUUCUAUUCACAUAGAUCACGAACCUUUACCUGAUUUUCGUACUUACAUAUUAAAUCCAAUUAAUCGUCACGUGGACACGAUGAUGCGAUAUAAUUACGGCUUGAUAAUACAAUUGAUGGAUUAUUAUAAUAUUACGAUGAAUUUAAUGAGAGGAACAACCUGGGGUUAUCUUGUUAAUGGCACUUGGAAUGGUAUCCUAUCAGAUAUGCUUCGUGGAGUAGUAGACAUAAGUGCAACACCAUUUUUAUUUAAACCCGAAAGAUUUGAUGUAUGCGAUUACACGGUGCAAACUUACGUAGCAAAGACGACCAUCAUUUUUCGUCAUCCAAAGACCAGCGAUGUACGUAAUGUGUUUCUUAUGCCGUUCACGGAAGACGUUUGGUAUAUGAUCUUAAUCGUGGCAAUCAUUUAUUGGCUGAUAUUAUUGCUUACGGUUAAGAUCGAAUUGUAUUUCGAUAAUUAUCCAAAGCUUUGCACUUUGGAUACUAAUCCAGCCUCGGAAACGGCUUUGAUAACGACGGCUGCUAUUUGUCAACAAGGUUUAAGCGACGGUCCACGUAUUUAUUCCGGACGCAUAGUAUUUCUUUCUUUAUUUCUUUGGGGAUUGUUACUUAUUCAAUUUUAUUCUGCCAGUGUGGUCGGUUCUUUAUUGUCAGAACCACCAAGAUUCAUAAAUACUUUAAAAAAUUUAUCGGACAGUAGCCUUGAAGUUGGAAUCGAGGAUAUGGCUUACAAUUACGAUUAUUUGGCCAGAUCGACGAAUCCUGUUGUGCACGAGCUCAAUCGAAAAAAAAUACAAUCUAGUAUAAAACGAAAGAUCAAGCCGUUCCUGACCGCAGAGGAAGGUCUUAAAAAAGUGAGAAAAGGUGGUUAUGCCUUUCAGGUUGAUGCCGCGACCGCAUACAAAAUAAUUGAGGAUACAUUUUUGCAAGACGAGAUAUGCGAUCUGACAGAGAUACCAUUAAUUCCGCUCGAACGGAUAGCGACCGCUGUUAAGAAACAUUCGCCCUUUAAGAAAAUGGUAACAUAUGGAUUGAGAAAAAUGAUGGAACAUGGUAUGGCGGGACAUUUGAAAUAUAUCUGGCAACCUGCACGACCACAAUGUCCAGAAAGUCACAGUGCAAUACCCGCUCCUGUUGCAUUAAAGGAAUUUAGUCCAGCUUUAUUUUCACUUUUGAUGGGCGUUGCCUUUGCUUUAUUCGUUAUGUUAAUCGAGAUUUAUGUGGAACAUCGUAAACGUCGAGAUCAGACGGUGUUAUCGGAAUCAUUGGAAAUAUCUUCAAAUAGUUGGCUAUCAGAUCUCGAGCAAUUUAAUUCUCAUAAGAUCGAGCCAAGCGACUAG